AUGCCAAUAGCGUUCGCUAGGCGUCGACAUUCGCUAAAGCCUCCUCCAAUGCCGGCCGGGGUUAGGUUUAUCCGUUAUCCGCGCAGAUUAGGCGCGAGCCGGCGGGGCGGGUUGGAGCCACGCCCACCGGUCGAUGGCUCGCUAGUCGCUCGGCUCACUUGGCUGAUGGCAUUGUGCCGUUAUCUGCGGGAGACGCAGCACGCUCAUCCGGCACUCGCAGAUAAGCAACGGUGA